GCAGUGCGGUUGUAUGAAGCACUGCACUCGCUCCAGGUACAAAAUGAACUUCUUCACCACCAAAAUAAUGCUAUGAAGGAGGCUCUUUCUAUCAAACAAAAGCACGCUAAGGAGAACCAUCUUCUGCCUCUUGUUCAGCGCCAGGAGUAUGACAGUGGUGCUGUGUGGUGGUUGCCUAGGAGCUUGCGCAAAGCUCGGGUUUGGGAUGAGGUAUUCCAACGUGAAAAAGAGCAAGAAAAGCUUAGA